AUGGAAGAAAAGGAAAGAGGUUGCAAGCGUAGCCAUGACGUCACGACAAACAUUCUUCCAAACAUAAGAACCUCAUUAUCUUCUCGCGACUCACGCUCAUACACAAAUCCCAAUUCCGUCCUUAAAAUGACCCUCCCCAUCACCGGCAAGUCAGGCAAAGACACACGCGCUUCCGCCCUCGAAGCCGAGUACGAAAAGCGCCCAGAUCCUAUCGCCCUCACGCAAAACCCCGAUCCUUCCAAGAACAGCUCGUCUGGCGUCGACUACGAACCAAAUCCUGAGCAGUCGAUCAUAUUGGACCCUGAACGAGAGAAGAUUGUGCAAGCGAUAUGUAGCCUCUACUCGGGCAGCGCGAGUAAAGAGGAUAUGCUGGUCUAUGCGGAAGAAGCAAUUUAUGAUGAUCCGUGGAGUUAUUGCGAUACUCGGUAUAAGAUUGCUGGACAGUGGUAUGGAAUUCCGAAAAUCAUGAAGUCAUCACGGACCAUCAAAACACAAGUCGUGUCUUCAAAACCGGAUGAGAUUAUCUUCAAACUGCAGCAGGAGUACACACCGAAGCCUAUGCCGGUGGCCAAGAAGGUGAACAGUUUGGUGACUUUGACGUUGGAUGGAGAGGGAAAGAUUAGAUAUCAUAAGGAUAUGUGGAACGAGAAGGAUUAUAGUCAUGAGGGGUUAGGCAAGAUUAUGAAGGAGUUAAAUGGAGACCAUUUGACGAAGAUCACCCAGCCGCCAGAGGACUUGUAA